UUUCUUCUCAUAAAUUCAGAAAAACCCUAACACUCUCCAACUCCCCUCCCUGUUUUUCUUGGCGAUCUCGCUACAGAUGGCAAAGAAGCGCUUAACAGCCAUGGAGGAGCCGCCAGCUGCUUCCUCGUCAGAUGAAGAAGUUGCUUCCUCUGAAGAAGAAGCAGAGGAAGCUGAAUCCUCUUCUGGAGAAGAAGAAGAGACUGAGCCCAAACAACCAUCUCCUACCCCUCCACAACUGAAAACUACGGCUUCUACGCACACCGACGCUUCAGAUUCUGAAACUGAAUCUGAAUCUGAUUCCGGCUCUGACUCGGAACCCAUUCACUCCAACGUCAAGCCCAUUGCUUCUAUACAUAUGGAGGACAAUACCACCGCAACGAAGAAGCCCCAAUCCAAACCCUCUGUUGCUUCGAAAUCUGCUACUGCAUCCAAGCGGAUCAACGAGACAGAUCAGGAACCGAAGGACUCUAAACGGGCCAAGAAGAAGGAAAAAGAUGUUCCUAAUGACGCAUCGACAGAAAAGUCUGGCGACGAUACAAAGAAGCCUCUGUUCCAACGCCUUUGGAGUGAGGACGACGAAAUCGUCCUUUUGGAAGGUAUGAUCGACUUUACUGAGAAAAACGGUAAGAGUCCGAAUGCCGAUGUUGAUGGUUUCCUCGAAUUUAUCAAGAAAUCGCUGGGCUUUGAUGCAACCAGAUCAAAAUUGAUGGAGAAGAUGAGGAGGUUGAAGAAGAAGUACGAAAACAAUGCUGGUAAAGGCAAGAAGAAGGGUGAGGAAAUGACGUUUUCCAAACCCCACGAGCAGAGAGCUUACGAGUUGUCCAAGAAAAUCUGGGGUGGAGAAGGAACAAAUGGUGCUGGGGUGGAAUCUACUGUGAAGCCCAAUGGCAAAGCUCCUAAGAAGGGUCAGACGGGGAGCAAGAGUUCUGCAGGUGUGAGUUCGGAGUUUAUUUCUACCCCUCGGGUUAAGGAGGAAAUGAAGGUGGUGGAGAGUGCGAAGGAGAGGAACGGCCCCCUUCUGCUGAGGGGGAAUGAGAGUGUAAAAAUUGACAAUAGCAUUGGCUUAGCUGGGAUGGAAGGGUUUUUGUUGAACAAUGGGUUGGGCUUGGUCGAGGAAUCAAAAAGAGUGGAGUUUGAGGAGAAGUGGAAGAGCAUUCAGCUGGCGGAGAUGGAGCUGUUUGUGAGAAGGGCAGAGGUGAUCGCGGAGCAGGCAAAGUUGGUGCUGGAGGCAUACAAGUCAGCGGAGAAUUAGGUGGUUAGAAGGUAUAUAAGUUGCGGAUUUUCGUAGUUAAAUACUUUAGUAUUUAUAUUGUCAGUUAUUUUUAUGUUUUAUCAAUCCCCAAGGUAGGAGUUUUGUCUAUUACCAAAUUAAGGUACUAUAAGUACAAUGCCUGAAACUCUUUUUCUGUUUAUGAAGUUGAGCUGCAUUUUGAGUUUAAUUAUCAGUUAGAUACCUUAGAGGUGUCAUACUUAUUUAAUUUCUUAAA